AAUCACUCCACUAGUGCUGGGAUACUCAUUACCCUCCUCCUUCCCUCCCCAGCUCUAGAAGUGCAUGCAAACAACAAAGGGGGGGGUGGGGGGAGAAAAAAACCCCAAAGCCUCAGCAGUAAGUUGGCUGAUGCUGGCAGCAAGACAAAUCUGGCACCACACAGCAGGCAGGCACAGAGUGCACUGCUCAUCCUUUCGCUUCGCCGCGCGUGGGAAUGCUGGACACCAACAGCCAGCGAGGGACCCGGCCAACAGCUCCUCUCCUCGGCGCCUGAACCCUGCUGCUCUGUGCCCAGGUGGGAGACACAGAUGUCAGAGGACAAGACAGACAAGGUAAAAAUCAAAGCAGCUGAAAGUUUUGAACAUGAAAAGCAGAAUAUUUCUUGGCUGAAAAAAGACCGUCGCACCAGCUCCCUGCCUCUACUGGCCCUCCCUGGGGUGACGCCGAGCAGUGAGGACCAUCCAGAUAACCAGCUUACAAAUGAAAAACACACAGAUGAAAAGCCUAUGAAAGGUAUUGUUAUGAGUUCUGUCGCAGAAUUCAGCAUCACAGACGCUUCAUCAAAGGGUACCAAGAAUGAGAAGAAAUUGUCAGAUGCAAGCAGAUCAUCCAUUGCUUCCCUGGAGAAAUGCAGAGAAUUCACUUACAUUGAAGAUGAUGCAUCAGUACAUCAGAGAGACAGUGACGAUGAAUGCGCAACACUUAUCCUGGCCUGCUUGUUCUGCCAGUUUUGGGACUUUCUUAUAAUGCUGCCUGAUACCUGUGAACAUUGGCUGACAGAUACCUGUUGUCCAUCCAAUAGAUAUUACCAGACCUCUGACGAAGACCACGGCAACAACGACUGCAACUGUGACUGUGACAUUGAUUGCAGCCUCUUGGAGUCCUGCCACGAGACCGGGGAGUGCCUGGAACUCGCCAUGGAGAUUUCAGAAGUCUGCUACCGCUAAUAGGGAAAUGACUGACAAAAUUCCUCAAAACUACCUGACACAUUACAAAGGAGAUUUUUUUUCUUUGAAAUAUUAAUCAUAGCCAGAGGUUUUGUCAAUGAGGACUAUGUGCAUCUUGUUGCUCCCUCCUUGGAGGUCUCUCUAUCUGUACUGUUCUGGUGGCAUGAUAUCACAAACUGCUGAAACCAAUAAAGGACAAAAAGGGGUCUUCUCUGCCAUAGAUGACAACAGAA